AAUUCAAAAUAUAUUUGUCAACAGCAACAUCUCGUCAUCGCCACAACGGCGAAGAAGGGCAAAUUUUUCUCGAAAAGCGGCACAAAGCGUGGGAAAAGCGGUAGCCAAUUGGGUUGUAAGUCGGUAACGGAAAGCGGUGGUUGACCAAGUGCAGUCAGUGCUGCGAGUGUCCACAUCCCGGCCGAUUAGAGUUCCGAAGUGCAGUGCCUAGGACUUUUUGUGUACAAAUUGAAGGACGCGGAAAUUGCGAUUUUGAAUCUUGUCGAGGGUCGUCAGUUCCUUCCUUCAAGGCAUUUGCGAUCCAAGCCGUGAGUCGCCAUCGGCCGUGUCCAUAAACCUCGGGCGAAUGGAAUUGUUAAUAAAUUUAAUUCUCUAAUGCGAGUCGUCAUCGUGGCGAGUGAAGACGACGCGAUCGGUGUGUGCGUAACGACGAUUCCGGGGGCGCAAAAGACGGUGUCAUCGCUGCGGAGUUGCUUUCCCAGUUUCGCGAGACAUCCGCGUUAAGAAGUUGUGGCCGGCGUUCAAGGCAGGCCAGUGCGAGAUUCCCUGCGUCGUGACUCCAAUUUAAGGGCAGCAAGAUGGGUGUCAUUCUGGCGAAAUUUCGGAAAGAGAAAACAACAUAUGAAGUUUUAGAGAAGCUCGAACAGGACAUAAAAGACAUUGAAGAAUAUUCUGUUAGUACGCAGGCACAACAAAAACGUUUUGUUGGAAAUUUUCUUGUGAUAUCCAUUGGCCUUUAUGUGAUAGGUUUUAUCAUAUUCUAUUUUGUAUUUUUCCCGCCAACAUGGACGGAACGUAUCACAUAUUCAGUACCAAUGUUAAUCAUACCUCUACUAAUAUUUUUAAUAAAACGAUUAGUAGCGUGGUAUUUCCAACGGAAAUUGAAUAAAAACUCAAGAAAAUUGACAUCGAUGCGAGCGGAAAAGAAGAAAAUAAUUGAAAAAGUAUUGGACACAGAAACAUAUAAGGUUGCAAUUGAAAUCCUGAACAGAUUCGGUGGCGUGCCAAAGACUGAUUUGAAAUCUCCUGGGAGCCUUACCCCUCGUUUAACAACGACGUCUGCGACUCCCAUAAAAAUGCAAGCGCAGUCACAGUCAUUGACCACGUAUCGUGGACCAUCGUCAUUCCAACAACCGAAAACAACGAUCCAACAAGUGACCAUAAAUCCGAAUCUUAGCCCGUCAAUAUCCCCUCGGACACCAAUCCGAAAUACAAUAUUCAACAACAAUAACACCAUUAAUAGUAGCGGGAAUCUAACCCCAGCCGCACAGGCAGGAACGGGUAUUGUUGCACAAAGAAAUACAAAUCUGCAGGUUCAGCCAAUACAGCAACGAAAACGCACUCCAUAUCCCAUAAUCAAUCAAGGCAAUAAAGGUGUUCUUGAGAAGAUGGUGGACUAUCUAAUAGGAGACGGGCCACACAAUCGAUUUGCAAUGAUUUGUAAGGAAUGCUAUGGACAUAACGGUAUGGCUCUUCAGGAAGAGUAUGAAUAUGCAGCCUUCCGCUGUGCUUUCUGUGGAACGAUGAACCCAUCACGUAAAUCACGUCCUAUCGCACCGAAACUUCCGAUGGCUACCCCAACGCAUGCUAUUGCCAGCGGAGAUGAUAUGAAGAGACGACGCGAAAGUUCAAGCUCAUCGACAUCAACCUCAGAAAAAGACUCAGGUCCCGACACAGAUGACGAAGCUAGACGGGUGCCAAAGAACGAUGAUAUCAAGCCAUCAAAUAGCACCGAAAAUAUCGCUACCGUUUUGGCAGAUAAUAAUCCAGCUGAAGCUCCAGUUGGUGAAAAUGGCGUAGAUGAUGAGCCGAUGACUGAGAAAGAUGAUGAAGACAAGAAAAAUGAUUAGUCGGAUCAACCUCUUUUGCUCACUUGUUUUACCCCCUCUUUUUCCCACGAAAAAAUAUGUUAGAUCGACAAAUUUCUCAUCCAUAGCUAGACAAUACACUUCUCUCUUCAAUGAAAAAUAUUAACAUCGAAAAACACAGAAAUUGCAGGUCCGACUUCAAUUUAUUUAAUUGCAGACAUAUCCCAUCCCUUUCCUUUCUAACAUUUUCUGUUUGCCAUUCAUGGAUUUUGUUAUAGAGCGUUAGGCAACAAUUGCUUCGCGGUGGUAAAAUUUGUUUGAUAGAACCUCAGCCCAUUCUCAUCAUCACUGCAGGCAGCUCCCCUAAUUGAUGCUUCUUGUUACUGAAAAGUUGACUCUGCUUUUCUGAGAAAAGUGACCUCAACAAAUGUUAAUCUUUAAGCUGAUCCCUGUUCUCAGUAAAUUUUUGACCACCAGAAGUAAAUUGAAUUGAACUUGAGUUAGAAUCCACGCUAGUCUCUGUAGCGAUUGCAUUUAAUGCUGGCUGAUCCCGCACUUGACAUGAUUACUGCAAAUAGAAAGGAAAGUUAGAGCCAAGAGAAGCAUUCACAUUGAAAUCCAGAAGAAAUUCCAGUUCACAUUGAUUCCCAGAGUGCAGCAUUUUCUCGCAUUUUCCCCAAUGAGGUUGCAGCAAUGAAACCAGGAGACGAAAGUAAAUUUAUAAAUUCACACAUGCUUAUUUAUUUCAUAGAUUUUUAAGUGGAAUUUAUUUGUAUUUGUAAUGUUAAUUGCGAUCCAAUGUACCCUCGAGGGACCGAACCAGAACAUUUACUUACUGUCAUAUCGUUAUUACACUGAUUAUGCUUGAACUGUUUUGUUUUUUGUCGCUUUAAUUUAGCCGUAACGAGUAGUAGAUAAUAACGUUGAAGAAAAUUGCCUUUUUCGACUUGUUAAUUGUGAAAAGAGAGAAAUUGAAUAGAUAAGUGAAUGAAUAUACAUGUAGUUGAUAUAAUGUGUAGUAAUUUUAUUUAGGACUGAGCUAACAAGCGAUUUUUAAAAUAAUAUAUUUUUUAUAAUUGAAAA